UUCUGAGAUGUUACCAUAAGCAGUUGAAAACAACAUUAACACAAACCCCCCUGUUUAACCUUGUACUUUGUGUUAUGUGUCUUUUAAAAAUCUUUAAUAAGAAUUGUAUUAACAAUUUUAUUUUGUUGUUUAUUUACACAACAAUAUGUGUGAUACUAUGGUCGGGUUUUUAUAUUACAACUAGUUCAGCUGAGCUUAUGAACUUUGACAUUCAAAAUCAAACGCUCGAAAGUAAAAACUUUAUUGGUAUAAUUCCUUUUAAAAGCCGUUAUUUAACGGCCAGAAGUUUUAGAAAUUUAAAUGCUAUAAAACAAAAUUAUCAAAACACUAAACAUGGUGUGCAGAAAAACUUACAUUUUAUCUACUACAAAAAUGGUAAAGUGUUAUUAAAGAAUACUCCCAGCCUUCCAGCUGCAUAUGCCUCAUAUGCAAAUGUUAUAAAAUCAUGUGUUAAUGAAAAGAUUUCUUUUAUUUUCCAUGGCUGGACCGAAAGUUGUUAUACCGAAUGGGUGCCUCAAUUAAUAGAACGUUUAACAUUUCAUCGUGGUGGCUGUAUUGUUUGUGUGGAUUAUAGUUCCUGGUCUAAGAAAUCCUAUAUAGAAUUGUUGCAGAAAUUCGAUCCUAUAAGUGAGAUUUUAUAUGAAGAAGUCUUACAGUUAAUACAAAACGGUUUUAAUCCGAGCAAAAUGUUCAUGUUUGGUUUCAGUUAUGGCGGACAAGUAGCUUCGAAAAUUGGACGAAUGUUGAAACCUCAAUAUAAUAUUAAAAAAAUUGAUAUUUGUGAUAUGGCUGGUCCCGGUUUUGACUUUCUCAGCUAUUUAAAUCACAGUGAGGCGGCCGAAAAUAUUCAAUGUUAUUAUACCAGUCUCGAUAAGGGUUCACAUUUUCAUAGUUGUCAUCAAAAUAUACGUUUAGGUCAAUGUGGUUACACACAGCCGGCUAUAUUAAGUCAACCCUAUUUUAGUAGUCAUGGACUAUGUCCACGUAUUUAUAUAAAUGCAUUUGAUUUUCCAUUUUAUGCAUUUCAAAAAUCACCAAAAUGGUGUGAAAGAGGCAAAACAAUAAAGAAUUUACCAAAUGGUUUUACAGUGGGCUAUAGAGAAGGUGGUUAUAACGACAUGAUAGGUGAUAUCUUUGUUCCUACCAGCAUGAAUUAUCCCUACAAUUUGUCGAAAAAGGAAAUGAUUUUCUACGAGAAGUAUUUGGAAGGUACAUAAGGAAGUAUUUCUUAAAUUUAAGAUUUGUAUUUGGUUUGCUUUUAAUAAAUGAAAUUUUAACUUCACUUCUAAAACAUUGU